AUGUCGCUUGUCAUAUUCGUCACAGCAUCUCUCUUACAAAUAGCGAGAGGCGAGCUUCUAGCAACAACGAGUUCCUUCACGGCGACAGACGUGUACGCAACUUCCGAUGGAAGUUGGACGGCCGCGAUGACCUGUAACUUCGUGUUUCCGGGCAAGAGCGUUUCCACUGGAAACACUGCUCACGUAUACACACGGUUCGGGGUCCCCAUCACCAGUUACAAAGACUAUCUUGGCGGCGCGGGAGCCGUGGAGACGGACCCUGAAGGUCGAUGGGUGAUCGCGGUAGUCGGCUAUUCGCUCCAGGACUCGCUCAGUUACGGGCUCGAGUUCACCUACACGCGCUGGCUGGGCGCCAAUCAUCCGGAAGGAGACUGCCGCCUCUACUCAUCGCUGCAGGAGGCCGUCGAAGCCAAGGACAUUGAAGACACUGAUACCUAUUUCAGUUUCCCAGACACCACAGCAGCAGAUCCUUUGAUAACCAACGCGUCUAUAUCGAUCGCAAACGUGAAUGCGGUCUCUGGAAGGUACAGUUUGCAAGCACGGUGCUACUUCAGCUUCCCGGGCCUGAAGUACGGUCUAAAUGAGGCGUACGUCAUUAUCAACUACGGGAUGGAGACAGUUGUCGGAACGUACUUUGAUUACCAGCCAAACACAAUUCUAGUACAGGGUCUGACUGGAGAAUUUACUGUGACACAAAUGCAUUAUGCUUCCGCGGACACCUCCGACUUUGUUUUCAACGUCGCAACGACUGAGGCGCCCUCACAGAUGGAAAGCGACGGCGACUGCCUGUUGUAUGCUCGCGAGGCUGAUGCCCGUUCCAUGGUUGAAACGCUGUAUCAAGUCUCUCCGGUAUCCCUUACACCAGGUUUCGUCGGGUCUACGUCGACAACUUUUUCGCCAACGUCUGUCCCUCCUAUCUCUGCCGUUCAACCAGCACUCACGACGUCCGUCCAGUCUGACGCCAUCACUGACGGCCCGGAUUCCACCACCACCACUGUCGUUCCGGAGUCCACCACCACCACUGACGGUCCGGAGUCCACCACCACCACUGACGGUCCGGAGUCCACCACCACCACUGUCGGUCCGGAAUCCACCACCACCACUGACGGUCCGGAGUCCACCACCACCACUGUCGGUCUGGAGUCCAUCACCACCACUGACGGUCCGGAGUCCACCACCACCACUGACGACUCGGAGUCCACGACUUCCACUGGCGCCCCGGAGUUCACCACGACUAGUGGUCCAGAGUCCGCCACUAUCACGGGCGGCACGGAGUUCACCACAACCGGUGGCACAGAGCCCAUCGCAAUCACUAGCGGCAUGGAGUCCACCCGUUCCCCUGGCGGCGCGGUGUCCACCACUACCACCCUGCCUCUCGUCCUCGUCUCCUUUCACAGAUCGACAAACACUGGUUCUUGGAUGCGCGAGUACCUGGAGGCGCGCGGCCGUGACGUGGACGGCAUUGUGCUCUGGAGGAAGAGCGCAUCCACGUGUCUGCAUGGCGUGCGCCUCUGCAGUGCCGACCCCGCUUGCGUAGCCAUUCGCUGCAACCUCGUCGGCGGUACCAGCAAAGGAUUUUCCUCCGUCAGCAAGAUUGGGGAUACUGAUAGGAGUGCGGAGACCGGAGCUCUCUUUGUCUUCGAGUGA